CACUCUCGUUGUGGUAUUUCAUGCCAGCCUUGAAUUCGCCCUCACCCCCUUGACACAUAAUGGACAUGUCUCUCUCUGAAAAGUCCAUUGGAAACACUACGGACAAUAUCUGGCAACGCCAUGAGUCUGAAAUUCGGUCUUUGUACCAAACGAAACAUCUCGAAGAGGUGAAGGACAUCAUGGAAAGAAAGCAUGGCUUCCCGAAAUUGGCCAACAAGACCUGGCAUGAGAAGCUUGGAAAUCGUCGAAUUCGAAAAACCGUGAAGAAUCAAGUGUGGGGCAAGGUAUAUCGACACUGUGCCCAUUACAGGCUUGAAGAUCCUUCACGCAAGCAAGGUGACAAGAGACUGAAGAGGACAAAGAGACCAACCGAGGUGAUCUAUGGCGACAGAACGUACUCAUGGGCUCAAGCCUGGAGGAAUAUGAAGCACUCCGGGGCUAUUGUUGGACCGCAACUCGAUCCACCUAGCCCUCUCCCACCGGACAUAACUGUCCGAACUCCACCCAGUGUGCCUUGUUCCUCGAGUCCACGCAUGUCUUUUGACACCUUGCAACCACGAGAUGAAAUCAAUACAGCUGUACACGCACAAAUCCAAGUCCUAUCAUUCGAAUGCGCACUCGCCCGAGAAGAUCACACCUACUCAAAUGGAGGAGGAUUGUUCAUACAACAGUUUCACCCAUUGGAGCCCUCUCCCCACCAUCCCCUUCAGGCGAAUGGUAGCUGUCUAGCGGACUGCUUAAGGGCACAAAUGCUAGUGUUCCUUCCAGGACUACCGAUAUGGAACCUUUCCAACAGGCUAGCUGAGAUGGCAGACCUGAACGCACCCUCGCAAGGGUCGUUUUGGCCCCGGGGUGGACCAGUCACAGCUUUGACACUGACACCAAACGCCAUGUCAUCCCUUCAACUUUGCAGUUGCUCAGAAAUUCCAAGAUCAAACGAAUCAGUGUUCCAACUCUCGGAUCUGUUCUCAUCCUUGACGAUAACACGGUCCUCGUCCGCCCUCGCAACAUUCACUGCUCAGCACAGACCGUAUAUCACCCUAUCCAUGGCAAUAUAUUUAUUGUCUAACAAUAUUUCGUCUCCAGGGCGCUUGAAAAACUCAGGCCACACGGGCUUCUUUGAAAACCUGGACUCAACCUUGAAGGAGAUGCCCGCCAGACACAUUCGAUCCUUACUCCAGAGCCGCCUACCAAGUGUUAGGGCCGCAUUCGAGGCCUUACUCAGUAUAUCUGGUACAUUAAAGCAGCCUUUUGCUUUCAAGUCCUUGGUGCAGAUCGGAAUUGGCAACGGUUGGCUCGCCACCUCUACACAGGGCCACGAACUUUUAUGUCAUGCUGUCUGCAUGGACCUAGACGAAGUCGUACAGAUGUUGCUGGAAAUCGGCUGCCGUCCAGACGGGCUUCUGAGGUUGAAAGAUUUUCGUACAACUGCAAUCAUCGAAGCAUUGAAACGGCGCAAGAUUCACUGCACCCAGCUAUUGUUGAAACAUUGUGAUAUCAACACAUGCAGUAACUUUCGACUCGAAUCUCAUAUUUCAACCACGAGCUUUACCUUCUUCCUUUCAAGGAUGAAUGACCUCGACGAGAUGUUGUUUGAUCAAGGAAUCAGAUUAUUCCUCGAUGCUGGCGCCGAUAUCAACAGUCCAUACGAGGUGAUCAGUCUUGAAUUUGUGCAGGAUGUGGAGCUUGAGCUGACAUGGUCCGCACUGGAUUGCUUGUUCUGCUUCUGUCCGUCAGCUUUUCAUAAGUUUACACCGAAUUGGAGUCCAUCAGAGGACUCAAUGCCGACAAGAGCAGGAAUUCGAACAUCAGUAGACCUGGGCAGCGAUGCGCUGAACGAAUACUGCCACAGGCUGGCCCAACAAGUCAGAUGGGAAUAUCUCUACGAAUUUUUCGAGCGCCUGAUAAUCGAGCAGAUUAGGGGAAUCGGCCCCUGGGGUAAACUUCCAAGCACGCCAGUACACCUUAACACCUUCUACGCCUUGGUGGAUUUGGGUGUCAGUAUGAACAAGGCAUUGAGUCGUAUUCCAAAUGCUCUAACUUAUUACAUACAUGGCAGGGAAGAGAUCGACAUUGAUAUUGAGGUGAUACGAUACCUCCUGGACAACAGCGCUGUUGUGGACGAUAAAAGUCUGGAGCUAGCUGCUCGACUAGAAAAUACCGAUAUCCUCGCGUUGCUCAUUCAAAACGUCGCCGACAUCCGGCAACAAGGGCUAGGUGCAGUUAUGGCAGCAGCGACCCACAACAAUUUCGAAGCUGUCAAGGCACUCGUUGACGCCGGAGUCGAUUUAAACACCGAUUUCAAUCCAAUCAGGGAGCCUGCAUGUGUGGCGGUGGACGGUUAUCUUCAGCCUUCCAGUCUGCUAUGCCAGAUCAUCGAGCGUUGGGAGGGAUCCUUUGAAGAUCUCAGCAACAUGAUCUCUUUCUUGGUCGAGCGAGGGGCACAUCUCAGGCUGUCUGCAAUCAAGCCGGGUCUUCCUGAUUUAAUGGAGAGCAUAAUCAGGCGCAGUCGAUAUAAACAGGAAGGCGUGGUGAAAGGAGUGGUCGGACGCAUCAUCUCCUUGGGCUGCGAUCUCAGAGAUCCUGACGUUCCCUCAGCCAGGCUUUGGGAGGCAUGUGGCUUUGUAUGGGGAGAAUCAGACAAGGCUCACCACGAACGCAUUGAAAUAUUUGAGCUUCUUUUCAGAAAAGGUGCCCGCCUCCGACCAGGCGCUCCGCUCGCCACGUGGAUCCUCAUGGGGGGUGGGACCGAACUGGUAAAUGAGAUGCUCUAUCGUGGAGUCGAUAUUGAUGCUUACUAUCAUAAGAAUGGCCGACAUAAAGUGAGGAACGCUUUGCAAGCGGCAGCAGAAAGGUGCAGCGAGGAGUUGGUGGUAUUGCUUCUUCAGAAAGGCGCUGACGUCAAUGCACUCGCUAGGGGCCAUUAUGGGAGGACAGCACUACAAGCCAUUUGCGAUUACGGCCCGCGGUCACCGGCACAGCAGGUACAGCAAAUCAACAUCAUCAAUUUGCUGCUUUCUCAUGGCGCUGAUGUCAAUGCACACGCUAGAGGCCAAUGUGGGAGGACAGCACUACAAGCCAUUUGCGAUUAUGACCCGCGAUCACCGGCAGAGCACGGACAACAAAUCAACAUCAUCAACCAUCUCCUUACACAUGGCGCCAAUGUCAACGCUGCUCCUGCCCGUAGGGGUGGUAGAACGGCGAUGCAACUGGCUGCCGAACGCGGUCGGCUGGAAAUAGUAAUGCUGCUUCUUUCCUCCGAACCCUCAGCCGACGUCAACAUGCCACCGUGCAAGAGUCCCGGGUUUUUGCGGCCUCCAUAUCACAUUGCCCUGGAUAUGGCUGCAGAAAAAGGCCGUUUAGAUACGGUCAAAUUUCUCCUGGACAACAACGCGCUGAGUGGCCGCCCAGGGCUGAAUGAAUGGGAAGGGCAUCUUGCGGUCGCAGAGCUGAUUCGUGAGCAUGCAGAGACCGCUUCGGGCUCAGAUCCCACGCGCACAGAUCUGUCACAACCGCAGAGAGAUUGGCGUGAGUACGGGUACGAGGAAUACUCCGAUGGAGACUACUCCGAGCCAGAGUACUCCGAGUAUGAAGAGGACAACAAGGACGAUGAACCUCCAGAGCCCGGAGAUGAACAAGAUCCAUUGGUGCAGCUGCAGGUUCAGCACGAAGCAGUCGAGCAUCCUGGUUUCUCGAACACGGCACCCGAACCAGGUUUUGUCUGGGAUAUGGGAGACGACAAUUCUUUCGACUUUAACAUUGGCUUUCGCAACCUGCCUGAAGACAUGGGAGGCAUAUAUGAUCCUGACAACGCUAUCUCCACGUCCAACAUCGACACUGUUGCGCCUCACUGGGGGCUUUGUUAA